ACUUCAGCAUAACAAGCGCACCUUAUAUAAUGCGUGGCAGCGCAAAAAUGAGGCAGAUACUAGCUCCAUGUUAUGUCAUCUCUAGCAAGGUAACUUCCAGGACGCACAACGGUAGAAGCUGGAUUUCUUCGUGUGGACUACAUAAAACAAGUCAGUAUGUUUGGAGCAGUAGUGGUUGGCAUUGGCAGAGUGGGUUCGGUGAGGAUUACAGACAUGUUGGCUGCACUGCCUGGCAGUCCUGCAGAGAAACUCAUUGUCAGAGGGUUUAUAUCCAGGAGAAGCCUGGACACUCAGCAGAAAGUGAGUCAGAUCUCAAUAGAGGAGGCUGUGAGCAGAGAAGACAUUCAUGUGGCAUUCAUCUGCACUGAGAAUGUGUCACAUGAGGACAGUGUCAGAACUUUUCUGCAGGCAGGGAAACAUGUCUGUGUUGAGUUCCCCAUGACCGUGAACUACAAGACUGCUGUGGAGCUGUGGGAUCUUGCCCAGGAAAAAGGACUGAUUCUACAUGAGGAACACAUAGAGCUGCUGACAGAAGACUACAAAGAACUGAAGAGAGAGGUAGAGGGAAAAAUCCUAAAGGAAGGUACUCUUCAUUUUACAGGUGGAGCUCUGAAGCCUGGAUUUGGUUUCCCAGCAUUCAGUGGCAUUGCUCGCCUCACCUGGUUGGUUGAGUUGUUCGGUGAGCUGUCAGUAACUGCAGCAACCAUGGAGGAGGACUCCGGUAACUACAGCAAGAUGACUGCAAAGCUGCUUACUUCUGACAACAGACCUCUGAUGUGGAUUGAGGAGCGGGGACCAGGCUUUCCCAGGACCAAGAAUAUCAGCUUCAAGUUUGACUCCUGCACUCUGACCCAAAUACCUGUUGCACCCAGAAGUGCUGUGGGCCUCUUCAUGCAGGACCUGAUCCACUUCUCUUCCAAGCUGGUUGGCCAAGUGAGUCCCGAGGAGCUCCAGAGAGAGAAAAUCAGGAUCUUACACUGCUUGGAACUGGCAGAGAAGAUACAGCACCUUUGCCAAAAUUAAAUGGGGACACUCAAGUUUAUGAUAAUCAAAAAUAUUGGAUGUUAUUUGAACAAGAAUUUAUAUAAAUUUUUCAUCACCAUGCCUUUAAGGUUUUGUAUUGUGAUUUGUAAAAACUUGGCAUUAUUAUUUAAUCACACCAGAGAUCAUUACUGUUUGAAAGCUGAAAGUCAUUGUUGAGUCAUAAUCAUGUUUAAACAUGGGUGCCUGAAAUCAGAAGAUCUUUACUCCGGGAUAUAUCAUGUACAGCAGGUCUCCAGCUUCCAGAAAAGAUUGCGUGGUGUUUGUGUGUGUGUCUAUGUGUGUUGGGGGGGGGUUCAACAAAGCCACUGAAUAUCUCUCGGUGGCUGGUCCAACUGUGACACAGGAGUGAGAGAGAGAACGGAUCAAGGAGGGAGGGGCUGAGGGAACUAAUGCGCUGCGCACAGUUCUAAAAUGAAGUGACAGUGCAAAAAAUUUCUUUAGAGAUCUUAUGAAGUAAAAAAAAAUGUUUUCACCUCAUUAUGAAACUAUGGUGGGACAAAGAAGGUUUUGCCUGUUUCAAUGGAGAAUGCAGGAGCUACCAGUGCAACUUCUGAGGUUGCACUGGUCCCUUAGCACAAGCUUGCCAGGUAAAGUUAUUACUGUGGCCUCUCCUGUUUUAUCUUGGUUUGCUGAACCUGGUAGAGGGAUGGAGCAUAGGCCAGGGAAGAACCCAUUAAAUUUUGGAGCAAAUACAGAUCAUUAACAAUGAAUUUGAUUAAUUUUUUUCCCCUGAAGUCUGGUGUAUGUUGUUUGACAUUGGCAUUGGAGGUCUGCGCUCUCUGAGUGCCCCUCUAGGUUUUCUUGUUGCCACUCCCACGUGGUGAUUCACUUCUCCUCUUGGUUCAGCAAUAGAAUGUCAGGAGUUGUAUACAACAGAUGGUGGUAUUUUAAGAGGUUGUCUCAAAAGUUCUGAGUCAAUUAUUAAAUUAGAUGUAAUGUGGAAACACUUACCUGAACCAAAGCAAAAGGAAUUGAUGAAUCUCAUUAAAGAUUUUCCCUCCCUGUUCAGGGAUAUUCCAUCCAAUACUCAUCUCAUUGAGCAUGAUGUUGAUGUGGGAGAGGCCCAGCUAGUCAGGCAACGCUUUUAAUGCAUGUCUCCAGACAAACAGCUACAGAAAUCUGAUACAUGUCGGACAAUAACAUUCCUGAACCAUGCUCUUCUAAAUACUCUUGUUUUCUGUUGAAAAGGCCAGUUUUCUCGAACCUGCAGCAUCUGGGCUGGGGUUCUAAAAUGCGUAAAUAACUGCCCUUCUGCGCCAUCCUGCUCUCUCCCUGGAUCCCAGCCACCUCCCCCACCUACCUCCCUGGUCUCUUUGUUUUGCUGCAAAAUACAACACUUUGGUUAUUUAUUUUUAUACAUUUUUAUAAAUUACUUUUUGUGUCAUAAUUAUUGGUAUGGCCUAUAAGAGUACGGUCUUAUAACUAUAAAGUCUUUAAUAACGCAGAUAUGAAAACCAGUUUCUUAAUAGUAAUGUAGUUAUUAAAAACUGCAAUGAUUUCUAUAGAAACAAACAUCACUGGAAGGCACUCAUGAAGCUCAUCUGUCAAAUCUUGCUGAUUAUUUCUGUCCAUCGUGAACGUAUGUGUUGACCUUGAGGUAAAUCAGGCUCUGUCAAAGCCAGAAUAACAUUAGACUUUUCAAACUUGGUUGUGAUUGAGUUGCUAUGUAGAUGCACAACGUUUGGAGUUUUUCAGUAUUGUAUAUUAUUCAACAUGGAGACAUCCUUAGGGAGAUUAGCCUGGAGUGCAAUAUGCACCAUUUUAUGUACAACAAAUGUCCUAUGACAUAUUGAAAGGAGGGUGCAGGGCCUGAGUGGGUAGCUUCAGAGACCUGACCUGUAAUAGACAUUUAAGAACUACUUAAUGCUGAGUCUGUAACACUCUAUAUAUUAUCCAUGUGUGAAUAAUUAUUCCGGAUUGGACUUUAACACCUCUUCAGUCAUUCUUACAGCACUGCUUGGCCUUGUUUUUUGGACAUGAUUUUCUUCAAGUAUAGAGACUUUGGCAGACUCAGCCUUUCAUAUAAUUGUUUAUGUUUACUCAAGAGUGUUAUAUCAAUACCGGGUGCUAAGGAUACUGUUAAUAAGAAGAAUUGACUUUUAAAAGUUAAUGAAAACCAGUUUCUUAGAAUUUUUCUCAAUUACUCAAUUUAAUCAAGACUGAUGGAAUUCAGAUGUUCACUCCUUUAAAGAUUGUUCAUGUCAAUUUCUUGGCUAUUUGAUGUCAGCUGUAAUUGAUUUGAGAGGUCAAUAUUUUUACAUUAAUAAGGGAUGCACUAUGUGUAAUGUGAAAACCUAUAGAGAACUAUCCAACCAACUGCUGCUCUAUAGAAUUUUUUAGCAUUGUUUUGGGUCAUAGGUUUCAAUUUAAAUAAUGCAGCUUUAAGUCAUACAUUCAAAUUAACUGUAUAUUCUUGAGUUUAAUCUAUUCACAUUAAAAAAUGUUCCCUCAGUUAUUAUGAAUUACAGAAAAGGGUUUUUUGUUUUUUUUACAGUUAAUUUUGAAUUCCAGUUCUCUGAGUGUCAGGUCCUUCUAUCCAAACCACCCACUAUUGGCAAAUUCCAAAAGCAGUGACACUCAAGGGCAUUGCUUGCCAUGUGAUAGAUGUAGCCUAUAUUCACAAGCAUCAACCUAAAAUGUUUACAAUGAUCUAGCCAAUUAAUUUUAUAUCCAAAUCAUGUCAAUGCUUUAAUUUCCAUCAAACUGAAAAAAUAAAAAUUACAUUACUCCGUCUUCACAAACUGACAUGACAUUAUUCAAAAUUUUCUUUAGACUGUUCUAAUUAUGACAAAUAUUCAUGUAAAUAGAAAACUUUGAUCUUCUAUCUAAUUAGGUAAGAAACUAUAGCUUACUUGAAAGCUUUCACAUCUUAUAUGACACUUGUUCUCAGCAAGAACAACUGAGCUUUAAGGCCUUAAGAGAAACCUGUGGAAGUUAGCUUGUCCAUUGCUGCUUUUUUGAAACAUGAGAAAAGGCAGAGGAUGACAGAGGAUCAUGACAGAGGUUUUUUCUCCUUCCAUCGUACCUUUAGGAUUCACCACACACUUGUCAAAUAAUCUGAGAUCCUCAAAACUGAUAUUGCACAGCCUGACACAUAUUAAGACCGAUAUUUUACUAAAAACAUCUUACAAAAUGUGACAUGACAGUGAUAGUGGAGGUUAAUGGAAUUUUAAUUGGGGUCAUUUAAAAAAUUCCAAAGAAACAUCUCUUUUCAAAAUCAGUGUCCCUAAACAAAACACCACUUUCCUCCAUUGUACUAGGGCAGAGGUAGAAAUCUCUUGGACAAA